CAGUCUACGCUCGAAGUUUGAACAGAUCGUACCGUCUGUUAAAUCUUUACGUUCUCAGUUAGAAUUUUAUAAGCACAAAAAUAAAAGAUGCAACGGAUAUUCAGUGGAUACAUCAAAUCGCACGGGUAUGCAAUUGCCCUGGCAGCGCUUACCUUUGGGUGCAUCUUUGCCUCCGAAGUGACACUAACGGAUGAACUGCGGCAGGUCCGGCCACUGGACGACAACAUCCCGAACGGGGUCUCGAUAGAUCAUACGAACCACCUUCAUCAAGAUGCCCCCGGUGGCGGUAAGACGACGUACUUUCGGAUGCGUCCCCUUGGACAGCUGAUCUUCUCGUUGGUUUGGGUACUGGCUGGGAUGAUCUUUCUGAUCGGGUUGAUGUUUAACAAGAAGGAAACGAUUUUCCCCUUCGCAACCAUCUUCGCCAUCGACUGGUGCGUAAUUCUGGUCCAGCAUCUGACGAAGCAGGAACGGCGGACCUUUCUUGAGCUGGUACUGUCGACCGAAACUGCUGUUUUAAUAGUCAUUCCGAUGUACGUUGGCUUCACACUAGCAGUGCUAUACAAAUUGUUCGACAGCCGGCAAACACUCGCGGAGCGUGCCGACACGGACGAUCUAGAAAGUGGCCACAAACCGGUCAAGUUCACGUUGGGAGAAGAAUUCGACGAUUCCUUGAUUAGCUAGCUGGAUUAGUUACGCAUUCACACCCGGCAUAGCAACCAGUAUUAGGUCUCAUUUUGUAAAUAUUUUUCUUCCGAACUGAAAAAACAAUUAAAAACAAAAAGCGCGUUCGUUGUAUUACUGC